CGGGCGCAGCCAAUCCAGCUGUCCCGGGGAGGAAGAGGAGGAGUCAGGGCCCACCCCCGGACUCCGCGCUGCUGCCUCCCGCGCCGUGUGUUUGGCCCCGCUGCCGCGUCUGGGCCCGGCGCGCUCGCCUGUCGCAGCUUCUCCCCAGCGCAGACAUGGCCUCGGGCGCCGCUACCACUGCUGUGAAGAUUGGAAUAAUUGGUGGAACAGGCCUGGAUGAUCCAGAAAUUUUAGAAGGAAGAACUGAAAAAUAUGUGGAUACUCCAUUUGGCAAGCCAUCUGAUGCCUUAAUUUUGGGGAAGAUAAAAAAUGUUGAUUGUGUCCUCCUUGCAAGACAUGGGAGGCAGCACACCAUUAUGCCUUCAAAAGUCAACUACCAGGCGAACAUCUGGGCUCUGAAGGAGGAGGGCUGUACACAUGUCAUAGUGACAACAGCUUGUGGUUCCUUGAGGGAGGAGAUUCAGCCUGGUGACAUCGUCGUCAUCGAUCAGUUCAUUGACAGGACCACCAUGAGGCCUCAGACCUUCUAUGAUGGAUGUCAUUCCUGUGCCAGAGGAGUAUGCCAUAUUCCAUUGGCUGAGCCGUUCUGCCCCAAAACGAGAGAGGUCCUCAUAGAAACUGCUAAGAAGCUAGGACUCCGAUGUCACUCAAAGGGGACGAUAGUCACAAUCGAGGGACCUCGUUUUAGCUCCCGGGCAGAAAGCUUCAUGUUCCGCACCUGGGGGGCAGACGUGAUCAAUAUGACCACAGUUCCAGAGGUGGUUCUUGCUAAGGAGGCUGGAAUUUGCUAUGCAGGCAUCGCCAUGGCAACAGAUUAUGAUUGCUGGAAGGAGCACGAGGAAGCAGUUUCAGUGGACCGGGUUUUAAAGACCCUGAAAGAAAAUGCCAACAAAGCUAAAAGUUUACUCCUCACUGCCAUACCUCAGAUAGGAUCCAUGGAAUGGUCAGAAACACUCCAUAACCUGAAGAAUAUGGCCCAGUUUUCUGUUUUAUUACCAAGACACUAAAAUAGUAUGACUGCCCAGAAGAAAAGAAGAUUUUCCAGUCAUUUUGGGUAUUUGCUUAACUUGAGGGGAAAACAAAAAACAAGCAAAAACUUGGGAAAGACAAGGAGCUCUUAUGUCCUUGCCUGCAAAAGAAGAGCAUGUGGGAGGACAUUGCACGUACUGGAGACCCUGCCUUAGAGACUGAGACUGCUCGACAGCACAGAGGAAAGCAAACGAACAAACAGUAAACGUAGGGGCAGUCUUACAUUAGGGGAAAACACCAAGAAGUGAGCUUUCUCACCUCACUUCCCCUAUUAAAUAUGCAACAAUAAAGGUUUGAGGGUAAUACCUACUUUCCUACAUUGCCAAGGAAUAUGGGGAAGAAAUGGAACUCUGGCUAUGUAUUGUAAAUUGGUACAAUCUUUUUGGAGGGCAAUUUGGUAAAAUGUAUCAGAAGGCUUAGAAAUAUUUAUGCACUUUGUUGGGUGUUCUUAGAAAUUUCUCUUUAAAAGAUUGUCAGAGAUACAUACAGAAUCUAUGUAUGAAGAAAGAUGUUUAACAGUUAUUGUUACAAUAGCAGGUAUUCAAAACAAUCUGGAUUUCCAACAACUGAAGGUCAAUUAUGGUUUAGUUAUAAUUAGAUUGUAAAGCAAUCAGCUGAAGAUCAUGUUUUCAUGUAAUAUUUAAUGUUCUAAAGAAAUGGUCGAUGUAUAUUAUGAAAUGGAGAAAAAGGGAACAUUUUAACUAUACUAGAUUUGUUUUAAAAUGCUAUAUAAAUGUAAAAAGACCAGAAGGAAGUAUACAUAAUCUUUUAUUGUAUUUGGGAAAGGGAUCCUAGAUAAUUUUAAUUUUCUUUGAAUCUUUCUGUAUCUUCACAUUUUUCUACAGUUAGUAAAAUAAUAAAGUUGAAAAAUAGAAGUGGGUUUAAACACUUUCUGGCAAUAAAUCAAAAUUUAAAAGGAGUGUUGUUUAAGGAAGUUACUUCUUUUUCUGUUAGAAAAAGGACCAUUGGUUGCCAUACACCUUGGGUUUUCAUCAACUCCCAGAAAAAAGCCACAUGCUUAAUUCUGAGAUUGUCUAAAUGUUAAAACUAUUUUUAAAAGUAAAUACAUUAUAAUGUGUCUGAUAUUUUCAAAUUAAUAUUUUUCUACUCUUUAUGAGUUGUUAACUUUUCAUGAGUUGGUGAUUUUUGUUUCUUAAUAGAAUUAAAAGAAUCUUUUUACUGUAUAUUUUAUAUUAUUGAUUUUUUUUGAAAAAUUUUUUUUGCUAUAGGUAGCCACAAUACCUUUAUUUUAUUUAUUUGUUUUUAUGUGGUGCUGGAGAUGGAACCCAGUGCUUACAGGUGCUAGGAAAGCACUCUGUCACUGAGCUGCAACUCUAGUAUAUAUAUUACUGAUUUUAUAGGAAUAUUUCUUAAUGUGAUAUAUUACAGGAUACCUUAAGAUGGGGGAUACAGGGUCUUUUGCUUAAAGAGUGUAAAGUUAAUGUGUUUGUGUCUGUGGUUUUAACUUCAAGAUGAUAAACUGCUUUAACUUCAAGAUGAUAAACUGCUAAGUAUAGACAGUAAGGAAACCAUUCACUCUCCAGCAGUGACACUGAGCCCUUUGGGUUACAUGUGAUAAUGACACUUGGACUCCCUGAUACAGUGGUUCCAACUCUGGUUAGAGAGGUCCACGGACAACAUGACAGAUCUGAACCAGGGUUCUCCAGCUCUGCAACCCAUGAGUGUACUGCACUGUAACAGAUCAUACCUUACUAUCCCUCAUUAUUAGUAGGUACCCAAGAAUGUCAAGGCAGAAACAUUGUGGACAUUUGUAUUGCAGCCUUCAGAAAAUAAUUUUUUCUCUGCCUUGAAAAAGAACUUUUCUGAGUCCAGUAGCCUUUUCUAGCAGUUUCUCAAAUGGAAUAAACUCUGGUUUUCUUUGUUAUUAAUCAUUCACCCUUUAUACAAAACCAGUAUAAUUUUCCUGCCUUAUGUUUGAGGAUGUUGCUCAGUGCCUCUCACUUCUCACUUCUAUGCUACUUGUGCUACUUACCUUGUUUUUUUUUUUUUUUUUUUUUUAAGUACUGGGCAUACAACUACUCAGGACUUUGCCACUGAACUGCAUCCCCAGCUCUAUUUUUUUUAAGAUACUAAAUUAAGUGAACACUAUGAUCAGUUUUGAUCAUUUUGAAAGGAUGAUGGGCACAAUUGGAAAGCUCUGGCUUAAUGACUUCACAUCUUACUAAUUGGUGGAUUUGCAUCUGCUUCAAGCAGAAUUUUCAUUGGCAUUAUAAUCUGUUGUGUUUGUCAUUGAUGUUCGUGAUUUUGAGAAUGGCAACCCAAAUAAUAUGUGAAAUGUUAACCAAAAAGAAUGAAAAAACUGGAUCAGCAGUGUUAUAUUUGAUACCUGAAAAUAUUUUGCAGAUUAACCUAAGUGCAUUCAGAAAUUGUAACAGGCAAGCACUGGGGAAUGGCUAAAAUUCUCCUUGGCAUGAGUUGCUCUAAAUAAAUGAUGGUACAUGUGCAGUCAGUUGUCAGAAAGAACAGAUGUGUCUUUAUGUACUAGUGUGGAGCAAUGUAAUAAAUAAAUGUAAAUCAGAAAAAUGUGUGAAGUAAAAUAAGUAUGCAGUUUGAGCAUGUGGAUCUGCUCUAUGUUCAUAGGAGGUUUCUGGAAAGAAGCUUAGUGGUAAACUCUGAGGUAGUGAAUCAGAAGACCUGUUCAGUACUUCAUACCUUUCUGUACUAUCAGAAACUUUGCAUCUACUCCUUCAGUUAACACAAUUUAAAGAAAGAAGACUAGAGGACUGCUGGCUCCAUCACAGUUGUGUAAAUAAGGUAGAAUUUCUGUUGGCAUUAAAUUCUGCAACACGGUAUUCAGUUUUGGUCACAGCACUUUAAAGGGAAACAUUGGCCAUCUAAACAGCACCAAUAAAGGGGUGAGGCAACUGGGAAAGACAUGCCACAUUGGUAAUGGUUAAAAUAUAUCUCACCAUUCAAAAGGAAACCUUGAGUAAAAACUUCCUGUGUUAAAAAGUUCAGUCAUAAAAAAAGUCAUUCAGUUACAAACUUCUGUCUCUUCACUAUUUUGUAAGCCCCAUAAAGGCAGGGACCAUGUCUUUUUUAUUUUCUAAUUAAGUGUAGGAUCCUCUGUUCCCCUUGUUCUUAGCACAUAGUGAAUAAACAUUUGUGUAAAUGAAAAACUGAUCACAUAUCUUAAGAUGCUUAAGCUCUCUCAACCCCUCUCCCAUCCUCACUUUCCGCUCCUUCACUGACAAAAUGGAGACAUCAGGAGAGAACUUCCAAGGACCCCUUUCUCCCUCCCCUAAACUCUUAUUUUCCAUCUGUCACCAUCCACGACAGUGCUUCUCAAGCUUGAAACAUCAGCAUCACCUGGAGGGCUUAUUAUGUUGCCUGGCCCCAACUCAGAGUUUCUGACUCCUAAGGUCUGUGGUGGGGUCUGAUAAUUUGCAUUUCUGGUAAGUUCCAGGUAAUGCUGCUGAUCCAGGAACCCCACUUUGAGAACCAUUGUCAUAACUGUUUCUGCUUCAUCAUCCUCUUAUGCACCAGAUCCCAAACCUCUGACCCAGUCAAGGACAUCACUGACAACUCUGCCUUCAUAAUCUAUUUUCCCCUCUUUAUUGGAUAAUUUCAUCACAAAAUUAUGCUUUAUUUCUCCCAUUAAAUGUAUCACAUAUAUGGUUUUAAGGAUUGAACCCAGAGCUCCAUGUGUGCUGGGCAAGUAUUCUACCACUAAACUAAACCCCCAGCUGUCAUUAAAACUCUCGACCUGAAUUCUAGGUGGUUUUUAUCUCACCUCUUUGCCUUUUAUUGAAAUAAAAUCCCUUGAAGAGUUAUCUAUUCCUAUUGCCUCCAAUUCACUUUUCAGCCCAUUCCAAUUUGGAUUCUGCCAUAUCCCAUGCCCAGCAGCACCAAAAUUAUUCUCAAGGUCACCUCUUUACUAAACUAAUGACUGAUUCUCAGACUUCACCCUUCUUAUCCUGCAGGUAGUGUCCUGCUGGAUCCCUCCCCUGAGAAGCUUUCUUCACUUGGCUUCUGGGGACACCACAUUUUGCUUUUCCUUUUGUCUGCUUGCUACUUCUCAAUCUCCUUUGCUGGUUCCUAGUCAUCUCCCUGGUGUUCUAAGGUUGUCCAUCCCAAGGCCCAGUUCUUGAUGAUCACGCUGCAUCUCCCCUACACCUGUUUACCCAGCAUUCUUCCAUCUCAGUAAUUGGCAGUUUUCAUCCUUCCAGGUCCCCAGACCAAAACUUGGAAUCAUCCUUUCUCUUUGAAACCCUCAUUUAUCAAGAAACACUGUUCCUUACUGCAGCCACUGCCUCCACCCUAGACUGAGCCACUGUCAUCUCUCACCUGACACUGCAAUAACCUAACAAGUCUUUCUGCUCCCACUCGGCCCUUAUAACAACCCAGGAGCCAGAUUAGUCCUUUGAAAAAACAUCAUUUCUCUGCUCCAAAAUCCCAAGUCUUCAGGGUAACCCAUACAUCACCAUGUCAUCUUCACUUGCCCUGAAUUUCAGAUUUCCUCUCAGUACCAUCCCUUUAACUUGCUCUGCGCUAUCCCCACUGACCUUCUUGCUUUUCUUAGAACAUGCCCGGGCCCUCUCUUUCCUUUAACACCAGAGUAUUUCAUCUGUGCCCCUUCUACCUGGAACUCUUCUAUGUCACCUCCUUUCAAUCUCUGUUCAAAAAUUAGUGGGUCAACCUUAACCAUCCUAUUUUCAGCAGAGUGCAGUGCCCUUCACUCCAUACCUCCAGCACUCUUAGCAACUCACCUGGCUUGCUUUUCCCCCAUAGCUCUUAACUCCUGCCAACAUACUCUAAUAUUUGUUUGUUAUAUUCAUUUAUUUGUUGACGGCCCCCCCCACCCGCACACAUAAUACACGCCCAGUAAAAUGUGAACUGAGGGUGAGAACCUAAUCACUCACUGAUAAUCCAAAUGAUGAGGCUAGUUCCUGGCACUCAGACUUCCAGCCAAUACCAUUUUGGAUGUACAGCUUCCCAAUACACACAGCUUAGGAAACCCUUCACAUUCUGGAAUGUUGUGACUUGCUCCUGUCUCUUCCCACCUUCCACAGCUCAUGACAUUCUAGAUUAGCACUGUCCAAUAGAAGUAGA